AUGAAAAAAAUACAUAGUUGUUAAUUACAGACCUUAGGUUUCAUAAAAAACUAUUAAUCAGACUCAAAUUCAAACAAUAUCAUUAAUCACACUCUUUAUCAUAAAUAUGCAUCCUCGUAGAAUUACUAUUAUACAAGAGAAAUUAACGAGAUUUUAAGUAAGCAACGAACUUCAUCUGUAAUUUUGUUUUAAGUAUCAAAGCGAUCUAAUAAUAGGAUUAUUUGCAUUAUGAUGAUGAGGAUGAAUAUCUUAAAAGAUUUUAUAUUUAUGAGGUAUAUGAUAAUAAAAUGAAAUUGCUUAAAGAGUUUUAUAAAUUUCAUAAGGAUCUUCCAAGAUUUACAUUAACUAAAUAAAUACUAUAAACACUAAAUUAUUAUUAUGAUAAGCGUAGAAAAUUAGAUUAUUAUAGAAUCUAGAGAUAAAUAGAGUUUGAAAAUAAAUAAAAUCCUUAAUUACCUUAAAAAGGAAUAGUUGGAGAUAAACCAAUAGAAAGUUAAAGUACACCUAAAUCAGAAAGUAGUUCAACAUCAAAUAUGAAUACUAAUGUUGAAAAUAUACUUAAAGAUAUUACUAGAUAAGAAUCAAAACAAUAAAUUGAGAUCAGUAAAAUAACAUAAAUUUAAGAGGAAUAGUAAAGUGAGAUCAUUAAAAUAAUUAAUAUGAUUAGUACACCAUAAAUAAAGAAUUAUUAAGUAUUCAAGAAAUCUAAAGCUAAUUUCAAGAAACAUUUAAAACUUGAUGAAUUAGGUUUAUCAUUAUCUUCAAGAAUAUAAUAAAAUCCAUAAGAAGCUAAAAUGCCACUUUCAGCUCGAUAUCCUUCAUAUUCAUUAAGUAGAGUUAAUUACAAACAUUAAUCAUUAUCAAAAGAAAAGACAGCUGAUACUCAUUUAAUAAAGGAUAAUUUAUUAUAAUUAUUUAACAAAUGUCCAACUACAAAAAAAAUUAAAAUAGAAAAUAAAAGUAGUUCAAAAAAUAUAUAAUUAGAUUAAAAAAAAUUAAUACCUGAAAUAAAACAAUUAGAAUUGAAAAUUAUUAAAUCAUUAUAAGAAAUUGAGAAAAAUAAAAAUACUCAAAAAAUAGUAUCUUUAGAUAGUAAAGCUUUACAUUAAAUACUUAGUAAAUUUAAUUAACCUUUAUCUUAAAGACAUAUUUAAUAAGUAGAUUCAUUUAAAAGUACUUCAAAUCAAUCUAUUAAAAUAACUAAUAGUAAAAUUGCUAUGUAAAAGGCAUAUACACCUAGAAAUAAAUUUAUGAGUCAAAAAAAUAAUGAAAUCAAUUCUUAAUAAACAAAAAAAUCUAUUGAAAAAUAAUAAUAAUUAGUUAAAGCACUUGAUCUAAAGAAAUUAAUGAUUUAUAAAUCUGAGAAAUCUGCUAAAACAGAAAGAGUUAAAAAGAAUGUUCCUGUUUUGAAUUUAAAUGCAGUUUAAAAUAAUAAUUAAUCUUCUCUUACAUCUAGAAAUUAAAGUGGUAAUCCAAGCUUCAUUUAAUUAUUAACUCCAAAACCAUAAACAAGUAGAUAUAAAGUUAAUAAUUUAAUACAUUGGUAAGUUAAAGCAAUUUAAGCGGCAUAGAGAGAAUAUAAAUUAUAAUUAAAACCUUAAUAAAUGAAAAUAGAACAAUUAAUUUGA